AUGGCCUGGGCCCUGGACAUCUUGGUCGUUUAUCAACGUCCAAUGAGCUGGCAAAGCUCUCCAACCAAAACCUCCGACGAGGCGCCGGUUUCCCAGAGCCCACCGCCACAAACAGCCGCCCAGGUCCGUCAUGCUGUUUGGGACAAGCUUGAUCACACCCUUAAAACCCUCCCCACAAGACACACAUUGCUGCUCCUAGGAGAUUUUAACACGCCACUUGCUGCCCAUCCGCGUGCAGGUCGCAUUGUUACCAAAUGGACCGGCCGCCUCCCUGCCGAUGCCCCCAGACUUGCCCGCCUCCUUGAUGACCACGACCUCCUGCACCUCAACUCCUGGUCCCGGCGCGCGGGACACACCUAUGUCUGCGGUGACCAGCGAAGUCUUAUCGAUCAUGUGCUGACUCGCUCUACGCAGGCCCACCCCCUGGCACGGCAGACGGGCCGGGACCCUAUGACCAUAGCAGCAUGGAGAGCCGGUGGCAGGCAUGUACCACUUAGUGGCAUCCUCCCUUUAACCCGGUUUGCAUCCCUAAACAAGGCCCCGACAGUGCGUCCACGCUCCUGGAACAAAGAGGACCUCAUGCAGCUCCUCUCGGAACCGCAGUGUCCCCAAGCAAUCCAGCUGCGACGAACGGUGCACCACGACAUCCAAAACUGUCGGUCUGUUCAGGAAAUCAAUGACUGCCUCACCUCUGCCCUGCAGCUGCACUUGCCACCACGCGCUGGUAGCACGAGGCUAGCCCCUUGGCAGUCACCGGCUAUGCAAGGAGGCAUCCGUGCCAUGUGGACCCACUAUCGACAGUGGCGUCAGGCGGCCAGCCGCCAAACCUCCACGAUUUGGAGGGCCUGGUUUCACUACGCCAAAUUCCAGAAGGCCCACAGGGACUUUCGUCGUGCUGGCCGGCUUGCCAAACAUGCCUGGUACUCUGACAGGCUUCACGAGCUCGGCAUGCAUGCCCGUCGACAUAAUAUCCGUGCGCUCUACCAGGGAGUCCGGCAGCUAGCACCCAAGAAACGGUAUACUCAGGCACAGCUUCGAGCCCCGGAUGGAGGACUCAUCUCUCCGGAGAAGCAGGCCCACCUGCUCUCUGCCCAUCUGCGCAGUAGCUACACUGGCCAAUUCUGCCAGCCCGAACGAGCUGAAACUAUGCCCAGUCUCAACAUGGACACUGCUGCGCUGUCCAGUGCGUUGGCAGGCCUCUCAGUGCAUAAGGCUGUUCCGGAGCAUCUGGCACCCAUAGCUGCCUGGCGUCUCUGCUCGGAGGAGGUGAUGCCGAAACUAUCUGAGCUCGUCAAUGACCUUACGACCAUUGAUGAGCUAUGGCAUGCGGCCUGGCUCGCGCUCAUUCCCAAAGUCACGAGACCAACCCUUCCGAAGCACCUCAGGCCCAUAGGGGUCACGGAAGUCUCAGGUCGCAUUGUCUCCAAGAUCCUCCAAAAUCGACUAAGGCCUUUCGUUCUUGAAUAUUUGAAGGAUCUACCUCAAUUCGCUUAUGUUCCGGGCCGAGGUACUCUCGACUCGGUUCUUCGCGUGCAGGCACACUGUCAGGCUGUGAUUGAUUCAUGCAUGUCCGCGGACUGGACAACUCGCGAGGCUAGAGCUGGAAUACCAAAGCCACAGGCCACCGCUGGAGGCCUGCAGCUAUCACUUGACCUCAGCUCAGCCUUCGACCACAUGGAAUGGAUACACAUAGCCACUGCACUUGAUGACGCAUCUGUACCCCUUGAACUCCAAGCCCACGUUUUGGAAUGGUAUCGAGAUAUCAAGUAUGUCCUUACGGUGCAAGGCCAGACUGUCGAUAUCUCUGCUAGUCGAGGCCUGAAACAAGGUUGUCUUAUUGCUCCACUCAUAUGGUCUCUUGUCACCGGUCGCUUCCUCUAUGAGCUUGCUCUCUGUGCAGAUCCUCUGUGGGUGACAACCGAUGUUACAACAUACGCUGAUGACUUCCACGCCGGGAGCCAGAUCAGUUCAUAUGCCGAGCUCUGUCGUCUUGAAGUACGCCUAGGUCAGCUUCUUGAUAUCCUCUGCGUUGCCGGCCUCACGGUGAAUGCUCAAAAAUCAGCGGUCCUCUUCCUCUUCCGGGGCACCUUUGCCUCCAAAUGGCUUAAGCAGCACCUGCGAACCACACCUGACGGGCAAGUCAUGCGUCUACGUACCCCGACAGGCCGGCUGUUUGAGUUUCCAGUUGUGGAGGUUCACACUUAUUUAGGGGUCCGGAUAAGCUAUAAGAACCCACGACUUGCCACCCUGCAGCAUCGUGUUCAGCUUGUACAAGCCGAAUGGUCCAGACUUCGGAAAGUGGUGUGCUCCAAACGAGGCCUCUUCCUUAAGGACCGAAUUAACAUUUGGCGAGCAAGCAUACCACCCAUGCUCACCUACGGACUGGCUGCCACGGGUCUACCAGCAGGUGGUCUCAGCCAACUUCGCACUCUGUAUCUUCGACAGCUCCGUGCCAUCCUCAGAUCCCCGGCGCAUCUCCAUCGUGUCAGCAACGAGGAAAUCCUUCGUAAGGCCGGUGUGCCUGAUAUCGCUGAGAUUGUUGAGAGAGACCUGGCACGCUUGCAGGCCAAUCUUCAGCAACUGCAGGUGGAAGAUUCCUCUCUCCUUGCACCCCAAGUGCUGCGCUUUGCUGAAGGCCUUCAGCUCUCACUAACUUCGCAACCGCCCCCGCGCGACCACGCGCCAGGUACAAGAGAGUGUGAACCAGAGGCCAUUCUGGAAUGCCGCUACUGUGGAGAGACCUUCUCCACCUACCACCUUCGGAGAGCUCAUGAGGCCAGGAAACACCAGGCCCGCACACCCAAGCAGGCAGUGCACACGUUUGACCGCUUCAAGCACAGCAUAGACGGAAUGCCUACAUGUAGUCUGUGCAAAUACCCGUUCAGGAAGUGGAGCAACCUCCGAAACCACAUUGCCAAAGGCCAGUGUCCCUUCCUCUGCUCCCACCAAAUAGGGACCGAUACCACCGGACCUCAACUGGACUCAACCACUCGGAGUGGUACGGACCUCGGCUCUGGACCGGUAACCCAUCCACCCCCACCUGAUAAUGCUGCUACCGUUCCCGAGACCCCCGUGCUGCCCCUGAUCCUUAGGCCGCACAUCGUGACCAUCCUGCGCACGCAGCACUGGCAUGCUUUACUUCAACUACCCGAGUUGCAGCUUGAGCUCACUCACCACUGCCCCUUGUGUCGACAAUGGUGUGUGGAUACCGCAGCAGUGAAGCGCCACAUGACAAUCCAACAUGCGGAGUGGACCGAGAAGUUUCCCAAGGAGGCCCUGGAGAUGACCGCACAGGAGAGACUCUUCUUCGGGGGAGUCUGUCCAUCGCUCCAGUCCAAGAGGGAACGGGAGGAAGGCCCCUCGGAGAAACGACCACGGACUGCAGACGCUCUGGCCUCCUUUCAGUCGUCGGCGGCUGCGCAAAUGCCACAGGCACCGAAGGGCAAAGGGAAAGGCAAGAACAAGGGCAAAGCAGCUGCAAAGGGUCAAUGGGGAGGCUGGAAUCGACAGUCAACCACCUGGGGCCAGGACCACUGGCCCGCGGGACAGGGAGCGUGGAGCACACCAUGGACUUCGGAGUACGGUCUGCCGGACAUGGUCCAAAAGCUCACAUCCUUGGCGAUCAAACACGAAUAUGCCAUCAACAGCAUGAUGCAGGACCACACGUUAUACCUAUUCGUGAAGCCAGGGGACGAGGGGCUGCUUCCGAUUCUGUUUGCCACAUCGGAGAAAUGGAAUGCUACCCAGCAGACGGAUCCGUCCCAGAUCACGGAACCGCUGCGCCUGGUCAUGAUGAAGGCGUUCCUUAUCGAGCUGGGGCAAAGGUUGAAGGCCACGAAAGAUCAACCGGAAUCCAUGCAGAAAGCCAAGGAACUGGGCUGGCUGACGGAACAAGGCCAGUGGAAGACUCUGGUCUGGGACCCGACGGCACAGGAUCUCCGCGAGAAACAGGGAGGAAAGCUACACGUGACGGACGACUUGAUCGGCCAAUCAGUGGAGCUUCGCAAACUCAUCACGGACGAGACUCUGUUUCGGUUUCAGUCACUUCGGGGACUAAGCCGGGCUCCGCAGACGGCAUGGGUCCAGCUAGCGAUCGAAAUCAGUGUCCGGGAUAUGGGGAAGGAUGCCGUCUUCGCAGGGAACGCGGAGGCCUGUCCCAACAGGCCAGAACACUUCGCGGGUGGUGACGAGGCCUGGACGUGCUUCGCUUGCACAUAA